CGGGCCGUUAUUACAUUUCGCCAAAAGUUUGACGUCACUUCCUUUCUAAUUUGGACCUCGUUGGCGAAGCACGUGUCACUUCAGAAACAAUCACAAUGGCACCCCCUAAAAAGACGAAAAAGAAUGUUGAGAACAUCAAUUCUCGUCUGGCUCUUGUCAUGAAGAGUGGCAAGUUUUGUCUUGGGUACAAGCAGACACUGAAGACUCUCCGCCAGGGCAAGGCUAAGCUCGUGAUCAUCGCCAACAACACUCCACCCCUCAGGAAGAGUGAGAUUGAGUACUACGCCAUGUUGGCCAAGACCGGAGUCCAUCAUUACACCGGCAACAACAUUGAGCUGGGUACCGCCUGUGGUAAAUACUUCCGAGUCUGCACACUCAGCAUCACAGACCCUGGUGACUCUGACAUCAUCAGAAAUAUGCCAACAGACGGGACUUCAUAAUUCAUUGUACAGCUGAUAAAAUAAACCUGUACGGGAAAA